AUGGCCCACUCUGGCAAUAGUCCUUACCAUAUGCCGUCCCUCGAAAACCGUCCUGAGUACACGUUCUCAGACGAAGACCCCAGCAACCGCCCGCCAUAUUCACAGCAGCCGCUGGAUGAAUUUGGCGAGAUCAAGUGGCGCGCUCAUUGCCAGUGUGGCAAGGUAUCAUACAAGCUGAGACGCGAGCGACCGCUGAAAGCCAAGUUCUGCCACUGUCGCGGAUGCCAAGUUAUGCACGGCGCACCUUUCCAAUGGGCAGCCAUCUUCCCGAAGGAGGACGUGCGAUUCGAUAAUGGAACGAGCGGUCUGUCAUUCUAUGCAGCCCGAGAGAAAAAUACCAAAUAUCAAACGCCCACGAAAGUGUCGUGCUCUAUUUGUCGGACUCCGAUCAUGGAUGAAGGGCGCAACAUGUGUCUGAUCUUCCCACAGUUGAUUGACUUUUCCCACUCGCCGGAAGAGCAACGAGAGCGGAUUUCAACAUUUUUACCAUCAUGCCACAUCUUCUAUGAACUGCGUUUGAGGGAUAUUCAUGACGGGAUCCCUAAGUGGAAAGGGAUUGACGAGGAAAGCGAACAUCUGGAUGACAGUGGAAAGCCUCUGGAGGACUCAGGCGAGUAA